GGGAGCGCGCGCUCUGAGGCGCGCGGCCUGGAGGGCGUGUAACGGCCGUUAGAAAGCUCAGGGAUCGAUUCUCCGCCUGCGGCUGACGUGGUGGCCACAGUGGGUGUUCUUGAGUGAGGUAUUUCGCCGCCCGCUUUCAGGCCCACUUGGCUCACAUAACUGUGUCAAUGGCCAUGCAGGAAAAAUAUCCAAGUGAGAGGCGCUCUCAUGCCACUUCACCAGGUUCCAGUGUGAUUCAGAAGGGCAGUUCCCUGGGGACUGAAUGGCAGACCCCAGUUAUCUCGGAGGCCUUUCGGAGCCGCUUCAGCCGCUGUUCAAGUGUAACUGACAGUGGGGACACAGCCAUUGGCACAUCGUGCUCAGACAUUGCGGAGGAUUUUUGCAGCUCAAGUAGCAGCCCUCCUUUCCAGCCCAUCAAAAGCCACGUAACCAUUCCAACAGCUCAUGUGAUACCUUCUACUUUGGGGACCUCUCCUGCCAAGCCAAAUUCUAUACCUGCCGGACCCUCUUCCUCCAAAUUCCCUUUGUCAGGGUUGGCUGAAAAUGUGGGGAUGACAAGAAAUGGAGACCUCGGUGCAAUGAAACGUUCUCCAGGCCUGUCUAGAGAUUUCAUGUAUCUUUGUGGUGCUCCUGGAGAAAAUGGAAUUGAGCAGUCCUGGUUUCCAGCAGUGGGCCAUGAAAGAGAAGAAGAGAUGAGGAAGUUUGAUAUUCCCAGUAUGGAGUCUACCCUCAAUCAGUCAGCAAUGAUGGAGACACUUUAUUCAGAUCCUCACUACCGAGUCCACUUUCACAACCUAAGAACCGACCCAAACAAGGAGUUAUACAAAGUGUUGCCUGAGACCAAGAAGGCACCAGGCAGUGGGGCAGUAUGUGAGCGGAAUGGACCACACCCCAGCAGCAGUGGGUUGCUGCCUUUGGGACUUCAGCCUGCUCCUGGGCUCUCUAAGCCUCUACCCUCUCAGGUGUGGCAGCCAAAUUCUGACCCUUGGAAUCCCCGCGAACGAUCUUGUGAGCUCAGCACUUGUCGGCAGCAGCUAGAGUUGAUUCGUUUACAGAUGGAGCAAAUGCAGCUUCAGAAUGGAGCCAUUUGCCACCAUCCCGCUGCUUUUGCUCCUUCACUGCCCACGUUAGAACCAGCACAGUGGAUCAGCAUCUUGAACAGUAAUGAACAACUUCUGAAAGAAAAGGAGCUCCUCAUUGACAAGCAGAGGAAACACAUCUCUCAGCUGGAGCAGAAAGUGCGAGAGAGUGAAAUACAGGUCCACAGUGCUCUUUUGGGCCGUCCUGCCCCCUUUGGGGACGUCUGCUUGCUGAGGCUACAGGAAUUGCAGCGAGAGAACACUUUCUUACGUGCACAAUUUGCACAGAAGACAGAAGCCUUGAGCAAAGAAAAGAUCGAGCUCGAAAGGAAACUCUCUGCUUCAGAAGUUGAAGUCCAGCUCAUCAGAGAGUCACUCAAAGUGGCAUUGCAGAAGCAUUCAGAGGAGGGAAAGAAACAAGAAGAAAGGGUCAAGGGUCGUGAUAAACAUAUCAAUAAUUUGAAAAAGAAAUGUCAGAAGGAAUCAGAGCAAAAUCGGGAGAAGCAGCAGCGUAUUGAGACCUUGGAGCGCUACCUAGCUGACCUUCCCACCCUGGAAGACCAUCAGAAGCAGAGCCAGCAGCUUAAGGACUCUGAGUUGAAGAGCACAGAGCUGCAGGAGAGAGUGAGUGAACUGGAGAAUUUGCUGGAGGAGACACGGGCAGCCUGCAGAGAGAAGGAGGUUCAACUGGAAAGUGUGAGACAGAGAGAAGCAGCAUUCUCCUCCACUAGACAUAGCCUGCAAGAUAAGCAGUGUGUGGAAGCCAAUGGAGAAGGUCUGGUCCAACAUGAAGAAGGUCCAAAAGUGGAAAUGGAGUCCUGGCAGAAGGAAUGUGAUUCUCUCCGAAAGAUUGUGGAAAAGCAACAGCAGAAGAUGGAUCAGUUGCGUUCACAAGUACAGGUGAACUGGAGUCCUUGGGACAUGAGCCUAGAGCAGGAAGUGGCUCAAGAAGAAGGAACAAGCCAGGCCCUAAAAGAAGAGGCCCAGCGGAGGGAGACAGCCCUGCAGCAGCUUCGCACAGCUGUGAAAGAGCUUUCAGCACAGAACCAGAACCUGAUUGAGAAGAAUCUGACACUCCAGGAACACCUGCGCCAGGCUCAACCAGGGUUCCCAUCUUCAUCAGACACAGCCCAGCUGGCAUCUGAACUGCACCAGGAGUUGGCCAAUUGUCUUCAAGAUCUGCAGGCCGUCUGUAGCAUUGUGACCCAAAGGGCGCAGGGCCAUGAUCCCAAUCUCUCCCUGCUCCUUGGCAUUCACUCUUCUCAGCACCCAGGGACUCCGCUAGAUUUGCAGAAGCCAGAUGUGAUCAGGAGGAAACUAGAAGAGGUUCAACAACUGCGUCAUGACAUCGAGGAUUUACGGACCACCAUGUCAGACAGAUAUGCCCAGGAUAUGGGAGAAAACUGUGUCACACAGUAAGGAAUGCUAGGCAUGGGACAUGCUAUAUUCCCCGAGGGAGGAUCUGGUCCAGCAGGCCCUGCCCUGACAGUCUCUUGCCUUUUGUUUGCUGCUAUUCCCAGAGAGAAGGGGUAGAAGGGAGGUAAGAGCCUGCAUCUGGGGCCAAGGGCUGACUAGGAAACUGCCUACCUUGCUCCACACUGGCUUUGCCUUGUUGGAUUGCAUUGGUUCUGUCAUCCUGAUUCGUCCUUUGAGGGUGAGUUACUAAUUAACUUUUUCAGGUCACCUGAUAAGUCCUCACAGACUGUUCCCAGCUGAUGUCAGAGACAGGCUGCUCACUUCCUUUCUCCAUCCUUUGGGAUGGAUUCACAUUCAUUCCCACUCCAUACCUUGGUUCUGCUGAUGCCCAGAAUUCAUUAAAGGGUCCUGGAAAGGCCAGUAAUAAUGGCAUUUGAGAAUUCCUGGGCCCCAUGUGCCAGUCUUCCUGGGAGCUGAACUGGCUUUCUGGGUUUACUUAGGCCCAGUCCCACUGCUUUGCUUCUUCCUCAGGGCUCUUAUUCACACAGACGCCUCACGGUGAUCUACUCAUUAGCAAAGUACUCACUAGAAUUGGUGGCCUAGGGAUUAUAGCCAGGGCUCUUUCAACUGUGCUGCCAUGCCAUUUUAUAGGAGACCCCAUUCCACCUGCCCUGUACCCUUGGGGCCCUGGCCAUGUGGUUAGCAUAGCCGCCUUCUCCUUUGUUCUCAGGCUGUCCAGAUAGCCUCCUUCUCGGACUUUGAAUGCAAACUCUUUUCUAUGGUUCUGGGUUUGGGCAGGAUUUUCCCCCAGAAUACCACAGGGCAACUCAAGCUGCUCACCCCGUCCCCAGGGCUGGUGCUGGUGCCCAGCCCUCUGAUUUGUGCCUCUCUUGUGUUUGGAGAUGGGGGUCCUUUCCUUUUCCUGAUCUGGGCUCCUUGAGAUUUCAGAGUACCCAGUACAGGUCAGCUUUUAAGGCAUAUCUUUCAGUGUUUUCUGGGGUUUUUUUUGUUUCUCUGGGGCCUUUUGACCCUUUGCUUUCUGAUUUUUCUUGCCUCCUCGAUUAGGGAACCUCUCACAGUUGUUUGUAUCUGGUUGCUGGGCUGGCCCCAGACCUCUAGAUCUGGAGCCAAGCCAGGCUGUGUGUGGCUGUGAGGGAGCACUGCGCAGUUCAGGAGCCCAGACUCAGCCACCACGAGAUUCUUGCUAAGCUUUGGCUUUCAGGGCAACAUCCUGGACCUCAGUCCUGGGCCUGAAUGAGACUCCUUAAGUGUUUUUACAAGUGUGUUUUAUUUAUGGAGUGACUUAUUCCUUCCAUUCAGAGCAGCCCCACCCAACCAUCACCCCCUCAGCCUCUGGGCUCCUGCCUCCUAAAAGCAGAGCUGCCUGGUUGGUCUCCACCCUGUGUUGGGAGCCCAGCCACCAUGCUCACGGGUAUUUUUCCUCUAAAGUUUAUAAGCAGUUAUUUAUAUGAAUUCUUGUUAUGUCAACUGGUUUGUAUUGCCUAUUUUGAUUACAAAAUAAAAAUUUAACAGACUUCA